GGAUACUGCUGGUAUUGGGUAUGUGGAGUGGCGGGGAAGUGCCCAGGUCCCUGGCUUGCCACUCUGCGAUUUUGGGUGCAAAAGAGUUGGUGAAACCUACACUGACCGAGCUCAAUUCACUUUCGAAAGAAUUUACGACGGUCGAUCGCCGGGUGUCUUUUUUCAUACUUCAAUUAGCGGCCUCUGAGCCGUACAUUAACUUCAAGUUACAACCAGGGUUGGAGUUGUGGGUAAGAUGGUGUAGAUCCUAAGCUUGGCAACAAGUGUCUCUGGGGUUAAUUAAAGGGUCGAGUGUUGGAGCAUCUUUGGGAGAUUUCGAUGCAUGUUGGAAGAAUACUAGUUGUAUGGC